AUGGCGGAGGAACAAUUGUUGGAAGAGAUAAGGGAGGUUCAGGAAAUUGAGCGAAGGCGUGUACAAGAGGGGGAAGGGGAACUGGGGCAGCCAGAUGUAUUGACCUAUGAUGAUGUACAUGUGAACUUCACCAAAGAAGAGUGGGCUUUGAUGGAUCCUUCUCAGAAGAGUCUCUACAAAGAUGUGAUGCUGGAGACAUAUAGGAAUCUCACUGCUGUAGGCUACAUUUGGGAAGACCAUAAAAUUGAAGAACAUUUUCAAAAAUCCAGAAGUCAUGGAAGGGUAAAAUUGAUACAGUUAAUUCUGUGA